CUUGCCACAAAGAGUCCGUGCUUAGGAGAGGUCAUAGUCUCCGAUUUGUAAUCAACAUGCAAGAAGCUCGAGUGCACAAGGGUAUGGGCUCACAUUCUGAAGAAUGAAGCCCACAUGAUUUCACAGAAAAGGGGCUUUCUCAAGUCGAAGAACCAUGACUUCAAGUUAUACAGUUGAAAAGCUUGGUUGGUAUUUUACAUCGUAGGGCAUAGAUAGAAUAGAUCCUGGUAUAGUAGUAAACAUUAUAUAUUCAGGCUGCAAGUAGAUAAGACAAGAUCCACAGAGUUUAUGUUGAUCAAUUACCGCUAUGGUGGAUAUGUCCGGGCAUUUAGAGAACAACCAGACGUACUAGAUAUUGGAAGACCCAGAGAUCUUAUAAUCCUCCCAUCUUCCAGGGGCAGUAGAGCCGAUUUUCACGUGGCGUCACUCCCCGCCGAAGUAUCAGGUUUACCCUCUACCCGCCCGUAUGCACCUGUUGCACGACAAGAACCGACCAGAUGCCUGACCAUCGUUUGCUGGCGGUCCUGCAUGACAGCCUGGCAGUGGCGACAAGUCGCUUUCCGAUAGACGGGCCGUCCUUCGCCGCCGCCGCCCUCCCCGGGGGAGAUUUCGAAAUAGUCUCGUCGCACAUCGGCGGCGAACGCGUUUUCUUCUACCGGUUGAGUCCUGCCCUGAAGACAGGUCAGCACAUGGGCCCUCAUUGCUUGCGCACGGUCGGUCACAGCUUCGUGGCAGUGGCGGCAUACGAUUCGGCUGUGUUUGAUAUGAGUAACCAGACCUUCGUCGUCGUAGUGGGAGCGGGGCGUGAUCCUCGCGGCGGAGCGCAUUGAUCUGUUUUUGUCUUUCUCUCUUAUUCUCUCGCACACGUGUUGGAGAUGCCAUUUCAGCGUGAAGGUGACAUUGCGCAUGAGGCGCUUGCAAAGGUGACACUGGAGGAGUUUGGUCCCAUCUUUGCCGACCUUGACGUCGAAGUGCUGCAGAAGGUCCUCGUCCGCUUCUGCUGGGUUAAUGAGCUUCGGGCACUCCGGCACAGACAUGGUUUUGUUCUUACCCGGGAAGACUGAGUUUGAUGUAUGGUUGAGAGUUGAAGAGGCGUCAGUUGAGGUUGAAUUUCCCAAGCAAGAAUCCAACAUUCAAUCCGAUCUUCUCAGAAGGGAUACCCCAGAUUUUCAUUCAUCAAGGUCAGGAUCUGCCAUCAAAGAGUUUGCGGAUAUUGCCAGUGAAUGUCCAAUGUAGAAUAGGUUUCCAGAGAAAGAUG